AAAACCCAGACCCCCAGGUCCGGGCCAAUGGAGGCGAUUUAGACUGGAGCGAGAUCGCGUCUGUCAAAAGCCGGACUCUGCAGCACGGCGGCGGCGGCGGAGUCCGGAAAGGAAGCUGGAGCCAUCGGCUGCCUCCCCGCCCCCGCCGGGAUUUAUUAAGUAUUUGGACUGGACAAUCAAGUGGCCCUGAUGAUGUUACCAAGCCCGGUCACCUCCACCCCUUUCUCAGUCAAAGACAUUUUGAAUCUGGAGCAACAGCAGCACUUCCACGGCGCUCAUUUGCAGACGGACCUGGAACACCACUUCCACUCGGCGCCUUGUAUGUUGGCCGCCGCGGAGGGGACACAGUUUUCCGAUGGAGGGGAGGAGGACGAGGAGGAGGAGAGCGAGAAACUGUCUUAUUUGAACUCACUAGCCGCAGCCGACGGCCACGGGGAUUCGGGUCUCUGUCCCCAGAGCUAUGUCCACACGGUCCUGCGAGACGCAUGCAGCGGGCCUAAGGAACACGAAGAGGAGGUCGUGAGGGACCGGAGCCAAAAAAGCUGCCAGCUGAAGAAGAAUCUAGAAGCGGCAGGAGACGGGAAGGCGACGACGGAGGAGAGCGAGAGACCCAAGCCGCGCAGCCGCCGGAAGCCGCGGGUCCUCUUCUCGCAAGCUCAGGUCUUCGAGUUGGAACGCAGGUUCAAGCAGCAGCGGUACCUGUCGGCGCCCGAGCGGGAGCACCUCGCCAGCAGCUUGAAGCUCACGUCCACGCAGGUGAAAAUCUGGUUCCAGAAUCGCAGGUACAAGUGCAAGAGACAACGGCAGGACAAGUCUCUGGAGCUGGGCGCGCACGCCCCGCCGCCGCCGCCGCGCCGCGUGGCCGUCCCGGUGCUGGUGCGGGACGGCAAACCGUGCGUCACGCCCAGCGCGCAGGCCUACGGCGCGCCCUACAGUGUGGGUGCGGGCGCCUAUUCGUACAACAGCUUCCCCGCCUACGGCUACGGGAACUCGGCCGCCGCUGCCGCCGCCGCCGCCGCCGCUGCCGCCGCCGCCGCGGCCUAUAGCGGCAGUUACGGCUGUGCGUACCCGACCGGCGGCGGCGGCGGUGGCGGCGGCGGGGGUGGCGGCGGGGGAGCCUCCGCCACGCCGGCCACCGCCAUGCAACCCGCCUGCAGCGCGACCGGCGGCGGUCCCUUUGUGAACGUGAGCAACCUGGGAGGCUUCGGCGGCGGCGGCGGCGGCGGUGCCCAGCCCCUGCACCAGGCUGCGGCAGCCGGGGCUGCGUGUGCGCAGGGCACCUUGCAGGGCAUUCGGGCCUGGUAGAGACCUCGCUGGUUACGCGGCGGGCACCUCCCCCAUCGCUGCUUGGCGCCGUGGGGAAUGAAGCAUGAAAAAGGCCAGAUCCAAGAGCCAGGUCCCCUCGGUU